CCGAGCUGCUGCAGCUGCUUCUUCCCUCCAACCGGAAGUCGAUCAGAGCCCUCUUUUCCGUUGAAGAACUCUAUUCAGCCAUCAUGGGGAAGACACGUGGUAUGGGAGCUGCUCGCAAGCUCAAGUCCCACCGUAGGAGGCAAAGGUGGGCUGACAAGUCAUACAAAAAGUCCCAUCUUGGUAAUGAAUGGAAGAAGCCCUUUGCUGGUUCUUCCCAUGCUAAAGGCAUUGUCCUCGAAAAGAUAGGUAUUGAAGCCAAGCAGCCUAACUCUGCUAUCAGAAAGUGUGCUAGAGUUCAGUUGAUAAAAAAUGGAAAGAAGAUUGCUGCCUUUGUUCCAAAUGAUGGUUGCUUAAACUACAUAGAAGAAAAUGAUGAGGUAUUGAUUGCUGGAUUUGGCCGUAAGGGUCAUGCUGUUGGUGAUAUUCCUGGAGUUAGGUUCAAGGUUGUGAAGGUCUCUGGUGUUUCGCUCUUGGCACUCUUCAAGGAGAAGAAAGAGAAGCCAAGGUCUUGAAGUUGGACAAUGGAGAGGAUGUCAUCACUUACAACCUUUUGAUAGUUUGUUUUAAGAACUUCCAAUGUUAUUUUCUAUCAAUGAGUAGAUUUUGUGAACAAGUAAUUAAUUUACCAUUUGGCAUUACAUUGAACUUUUGUUAUCCUGUAUUGGCAAUAUCAAAUCC